GUCGGGAUUCUCGCCGAAGGAGAAACAUCAUAAGCUACAGGUGUGGCUAAAAACUGUUGUCGUGUUCAGUCCCUACGUGCUAAUCUUACAUACCUUCAGUACACCUGUACAUAUCUUUUCAUCAAAUCAGACCAACACGCACGAGUCAGCAGCAUGAGAGUUGUCAUCACCGGCGCCGGUGGCUUUGUCGGCCAGAUCCUGGCUAAGAAACUCAUCGAGACCGACCCCUCUACAUCACUACUCCUUGCGGAUGUAAUGGAGCCUCCGAACCCGACCGAGUCCAAGGAUGUACAGAGCCUUGCGGCGGACCUCACGGACCCUUCGGCGGUCGAUGCAUUGUUCGAGAAGGCGCCUGAUGCGGUGUACAUUCUACACGGCAUCAUGUCGAGUGGCUCGGAAGCAAACCUCGGCUUGGGGCUCAAAGUCAACUUUGACAGCGUGAGACAUUUAAUUGAUGUAGCCCGCGUCAAGCAGCCUGGCGUCAAGAUCGUCUUCACGAGUUCGUGUGCGGUCUUUGGUCGCGCGGCGGUGAAGAAUAUUGCCACCGAGACAGAUAUUGUCCCCAUGCCAGAGAGCAGUUACGGCACGCAGAAGCUCAUGAUCGAGUUCUUGAUCAACGACUACUCUCGCCGCGGUCUCAUUGAUGGACGUGUUGUCCGACUUCCUACCGUAUUCGUGCGAGCUGGUGCACCUACAGCAGCGGCAUCGUCCUUCGUCUCUGGAAUCGUCCGCGAGCCCGUCAAUGGAGAGGGCUCUGUGCUCCCUGUCGACCCCAGUAUCGGCAUCUGGUUGACAUCACCGCGCGCGCUGGCCACCAACCUGGUACAUGCCAUCAAAGUCCCGGCUGAAAAGUUCGGCCACUUCAGACAGGUACUGCUACCUGGCUACACAGCGACCAGUGGCGAGAUUCUGGAUGCUCUGGAGAAGAUUGCAGGAAAGGAGGUCCGAUCAAGAGUCAAGGAGCAGAGGGAUGAAGGCAUCCAGAAGAUCGUAUUGAGCUGGCCUGCGAAGUACGAUACAGCGAGAGCAAAGGAGCUCGGCUUCUCAGAAGACGUAGGGUUGGAACGGACUAUCAAGGACUUCAUUGAGGGCGAGAAGCAGAGGAAGUAGGCAAAGGAAUACUCAAUCCAGCAAGCAAAUAAUUGGUUGUAUUGAAUCAUUGAUGAGACCCAACAAUAUGUUGUUGGAAAUAUCACGAGUACCUCCUCGCUGCGUGAUGUUUGUCAAAGUAGCAGGCCCGAUCAAGUUCGGCGCAAAAGGCGCCAGACACCACUUAUAGGCA